UCGGUCCCCUUGGAGACUCCGGCAGGAGCGCAACACGUGAUGAGAGAGAGACACCGAGUGAGAGAGAGAGAAGAGAGAGAGAGAGCUGAAGAGGACGCGCGGAGAGAGAAGUGAAGAGAGGAGAGGAGAGGGGGAAAAAACCCGAAUGAAAGUGCGUUUUCCUCUCCUCCCACCCUGACACAUCUCGUUCUCCUCCCGUGGGGGGAUUCAGAAGAAGAAGAAGAGGAGGAGAGAAAACACGGACUUAACCAACUUUUUGCACAUCCUCGGGAAACGCCAUUUUGAUUCCUCUCCGAAACAGCUUUGCUUCUUUUCUCUAUCCAUCUCAUUCUUUCUUUCCACCUAUCCCACUCUUUCUUUAAUCCAUCAUCACUCCCUCAAUCCUUUACUCAUCAUCAUCAUCGUCAUCUUCGUCAUCAUCAUUAUCAUCAGCAUGUCUCGGCGAAAGCAGCCAAACCCCAACAAAGUCAAACUGUGAGCCGUGGGUGCUGACGCUCGAGGUUCACGGCGGUCCUUCUGACUGUGAUGGAUAGUUCAGGAGAGGAGAAGAAGACGGGGGAGGAGGUCAGCUGUGCCAUCGGCGCCGUCGAGGCCGAGCAGACGGAUGAGACGGAUCGACACGCUGAGAGUCUGAGAAAGUCAGCGGCGAGCGUGCCGGAUGCGCAGGCCCGAACGGAGGCAGGGAAAGAGGGAGCGGAUGGAGCAGAUCUGUCGUCCAUCACCUCCAUGAUGAGCACCGUGAUGAAAGCUGCUCAGCUGAACGGAGGGGUGGAGGCCUCCUCCAACAAAACCCCCAGCAAGACCUCCAGCAAGAGCCCCAGCGCCACCCGCUACGCCCGGAAAAGUCAGGAUACCAAGGAAGAGACAUCAUCUCUCGUCUGCCCACUUUGUGACAAAAAUUGUCAAACUCAGCACCAGCUUACGAUGCACAUUCGCCAGCAUAACACAGAUACUGGAGGUUCAGAUCACUCGUGCAGCAUCUGUGGAAAGUGCCUGAGCUCAGCCAGCUCUCUGGACCGCCACAUGUUGGUGCACAGCGGCGAGAGGCCAUACAAAUGCAACGUGUGCGGCCAGACCUUCACCACCAACGGCAACAUGCACAGGCACAUGAAGAUCCACGAUAAGGAUCCUUCCCUCCCGAGUCCCACCAGCCCUUCAUUAUCCGGUAAACGGAAACGUCCGUCUGCUGUUAUUUCCAAGAAGAAACUCAGCCACAGUGACGAUGGAGAACAAGCUGAUGAGCCACCCAGUAAAAAGCAGGUUUUAGAAGACGGUGGAACAGACGAUCAGACGGCGAGCAAGGGUCAGGACGAGCAGCUACCAUGUCCCAUCUGCUUCAAGAAUCUGAGCUCCAAACAAGAACUGGAAACUCAUAUGGAAAUUCAUCCUGACAAUGCGCUUAGGUGUGAGCAUUGUUGCAUCUCAUUUCGGACACAUCGAGGUUUGCUCCGUCAUAAUGCAGCCAUCCAUAAGCAGCUGCCGACGGACCCCAAUGGACGCCCAUUCAUUCAGAACAACCCCUCCAUACCCCUAGGCUUCAACGAUCUGGCUUUCAUCGACUUCUCCUGCCACAAAUUCGCUCGCAUUGCCCAGGUUUGGUGCGAAACUAAUCUACGCCGCUGCACCAGCAAGCUUCAUCGUUUUGUGUGCGAGACCUGUGACAAAGCUUUCCCUUUAAAUGUGGCGUUAGACCUGCACAAGUCCACCCAUGACACUUCUGAAACCAAGCAAGAGUCUGCUUCCUCACAGCCUUCCACUAAAGAGGCUGUCAAAUCUGAGAAAAGAAGCUUCAUGGACUCUCUGGGUUUGCAGCACAUUUCUCAGGUCAAACCUGAACCUUCAGAGGAGGAUGCCUUGCAAGCAGAGCGAGACAAUAUUCGUGUGAUCCAUGUGGAGCCAUCCUCGGUCCAAAAGGAGUCCAGCUUUCUCAGUGGAAUUAGCCUGUCUCUGGUGGAUCCGACAUCUCUCCGGGGUCUGUCGCAGAACGAGGCACUCAAACUCCUUUCUUUGCAACCAUUUCAGACUAGUUUCCUUGUCCAGCCAGAUGGUGGAAUGGUAGUGAAGCCAGGUUGUCGUGAGACUGGAAUGGAACUGGCUGACAUACAGCAGAUCCUCAAAGUGGCUUCUGCUGCCCCAAAUCAGAUCAGCCUCCCUCCCUUGUCUAAGGCACCCUGCAGUGCGGUGAAGUCAAACUACAAGCAGAUGCCCCCACUCAAGCCAAAGCCUCUGGUUGCUCCCAGGACCAACAUGACAACGUCUACUCCUCCACCACUUUUAAGUACCCAGCAGGCAUCACUAGGCUGCAUCAGCCCCAGUCUGCCACCACCUGCUGGGCAGUUCCCGAAGGCUGCCAAGGAAUUGUCUCCAUCUUCGUCCUCAUCUUCAUCAUCCACUUGCAACCAGGCAUCUAUGGAAAAACUCCAAAUGGAAGCUGAUUGCAUGGGUGAUGCCCACACUCCCAUGGAUACAGAUGACCAACAAAUUAAGCAGGCAAAAGACAAGAUAAUGGCGCCAUCUGGAAAGAAGGCAGCAGGUCGCAAGGGGUCGUACCCCUGCCGCCUUUGUGACCAGGUAUUUGCAUUUUCGGGGGUACUACAGGCGCACAUGCGUUAUCAUCUCGGUAUCUUGCCCCACCAGUGUAAUAUUUGUGACUAUGUUGCACCUGACAAAGCCACACUGAUUCGUCAUCUGCGCACCCACAGUGGUGAAAGACCCUAUGUCUGUCGAGUCUGCCAUUACCCGUUCACUGUUAAAGCCAACUGUGAGCGCCACCUACGCAAGAAACACAUGAAGAACAACCGUAAGGAAAUUGAGAAAAAUAUCAAGUAUGUCACCUCGUCCACGACGAUGCCCGAUGCAUUAGAUCAAACUGGCUCAAGUGACACUGUCUGUCGUUUAUGUGGCGAGGACCUUAAGACCUCCCGAGCGCUGCAGGUUCACAUGCACGUCCACAAUGGCUUCCAGAGAAAGCCGUUUGAGUGUAAACGCUGUGGAGCAGCCUUUUUAGCCAAGCGAAAUUGUAUCCACCACCUACUGAAACAGCACCCUGAAAUUAAAAAGCAGGACAUAGAAGACCAUAUAGCUAUCAUCACUGUUCCUCCUUCACAAACAUGUCCCACACCUUCUCCACCCAACGGAGUGCCACCAAGAACAUCACCCUGUCUAAUCAAAGUGGAAGAUCUAAGUUUCUAUGGUGCAGAUCAGGACCAACCGCUGGACUUCUCAAACAAAAACCGGGGAGGUAACAAUGCUGGAAACAUCAGUGCUUCUCCUGGAAUCAAGACAGAGCCUACCUCUUAUGAUGAUUCCAUGGAGCCCAUUGAUCUCUCAAUUCCCAAGAAUCCCAAUAAAAAGAUGAAGGUAAAUCCUAAUGCAGUGUUGCAAAGAGAAGUAAAAAUGGAACAGACAUCUCUUAACAUAAUGGAUCACACUUUCCCCAUGGGCCUACAAAUAGAUAGAGCCAUUGAAGAGAAACCGCAGCAGCUUGGGUGCUAUCAGCUCCCCACUGCCAUGACCACCAUCUCUGCAACCAGUGUAGCAGGUCGUGCCUUGCGGUUAAAGCCCCUGCUGCCUAAACCAAAUUCUGCUGCUGUGAAGGAGCUCCCACCUUUGGCCUCCAUUGCCCAGAUUAUCUCCUCCGUCUCUGGUGCCCCCGACCUCCUGAAACGCGACAGCCCUAACGGUAGCUGUCCUGACUCUGUCUCAGACAUCUCCGCUGAGGAGUUUAUCCAAGAGGGAUCCAAAAGGAGAAGCAAUAAAAGGCAAGCCACGAACACAACUAGAGAAAAGCCUGCAAUGAAUUCAACAGACUCCAAUAUCGACCUUGAGUCCAGUGGGGAAUUUGCCAGUGUGGAGAAGAUGCUGGCCACCAGUAAUGCCAAUAAAUUUAGCACCUACUUAAAAACCAACAUAAUGGAGCUGGAAAGGAAAGAAGGAGAACAGCCAUGCAAUGGUGACAAGAAAGAAGGACAAGAUGAAAAACAGAUGCAGGCCAAGCAGACCUCUCAGCCCCAGCAGUCCAAAGGGAAAAAGAAUGCAUACUCAAACUCUGUGCAAAAAAUGACUUGCCCAUUUUGUCCCAGAGUCUUUCCAUGGGCCAGCUCACUCCAACGCCACAUGCUGACACACACAGGUCAAAAGCCGUACCCUUGCCCUAAAUGUGAAGCUCUGUUUUCAACCAAGUCCAACUGUGAGCGCCAUCUUUUGCGCAAGCAUGGUGUAACCAAUAGAGUCCUCCGGCAAAAUGGUGCCAUGUCUAAAUCCAAGGAGUCAGACGAGUGUUCGCCUGAGAGUGCAGAGAGCAUGUCUGAAACUGAGCUCAACUGUGGUGAGGCGAUGGAGCUGACAAAUUGUGGACCUGAAAAGCCAGCGGCAUCGGAUGCCAAGAAACCCUCCCCAGCCAAGCCCACCGAGGCAGCUGCAGUAAAGCCCCUCUUCCACCAGGGGGAGCCAGAACACCAAGAUGUCCACGAGUCACUAAAAAGGAAAAGCACAGUUAAUGACGACGACACCCACAGCAAUAAGAGCCUGGACCUGAACUUUGCCAGCAAGUUAAUUGACUUUACAUUCUCGGAGGGUGAACAACAGCGGCCCAUUUCUGCUGUAGACAGUGAUUCACAUGAACAGGAAGAGUCCAAGCUGACCUGCAAGAGCUGCAACAAGAGCUUCAGAUAUGCCGCCACUCUGGCACGCCACGAAAAAGUCCACGUGUUAGAAAGCGCAGCCGAUGCCACUAACGCCGACUUCGAAACGGACGAUGCGGCAGAGUCUUGCGAACUGAAAAAGGAUAUGGCAGAAGACGAGGUGGAGACGCCGGAGCGAAACGGGACGGCCGAAAGUGAAGGGGCGGGCAGUGCGAUGGACAGUGGCUCUGAAGAGGACAGGGACGAGAGGAGUGAUGAUGAAGGAGGUGCUACUGAACCAAAGAGCUGUGAAGAGGAGCCUGUAUUGCCUAGGGGCAAAACUGACAGGAGGAAGAAGAUAUGCGGGGUGUGUGGCAAACGCUUCUGGAGCCUUCAGGAUCUGACGAGACACAUGCGCUCUCACACAGGUGAACGGCCCUACAAGUGUCAGACCUGCGAGCGCACGUUCACCCUGAAACACAGCCUGGUCAGGCAUCAGCGUAUACACCAGAAACCCCGCGGCGCAGCCGGAGAGGACGAGGGAUUCAGCGGGGGCUCGGCUAGUGAGAGGGAAUCCACCCCCACCAGCACGAACCCUCCCUCCGACAACGAGUGUGAAAGCAGGAAAGAGAAAAAGCGCAAGUCUUCCUCGGCCACAAAAAGGGAGCAGGAGCUCAAUAAAGAAGCUCCUGCCAUCGUCACAAAGAAGGAAGAAACAUCACCAGCUACACAGACACCCAAAGAGCCUCCAGCAGAGGAUCCAGUCUCGGAUUCAGCCUCGGACGGGUUUUUGCAAGGCCUGCUGGAGAUCCAUUCCAAGCCUAACAUCGAGCGCAUCCUCUCGAACAGCGAGCCUCCUCUCCUGGGGGUGGAGUGAAGGAGUAACUCCAGUGCCAUACAAUAAGUACUUUUGUACUGAGAAACAUUUUAAACAGCAACAAAAAGACCAUUUACAAGUGCCUUUCUACUUUUUUUUUUUUUUUUUGGUAUAUCUUUAUCUACUACCAGAUGAUUUAGUUGAUUUUUUUAGAGUAUUUUAUAAAAUGAAUUUUUGUUUUGUUUUGAAAUGUCACAUUAAGCAAUAAAUAAUUGAACAGUUUAGUAUAAUGAUUUGUAUAUGAUUGACAAACUGAACAGAGAAUGGUCAUACGAGCCUGCAAACAAGCCGGCACAUGACUACUGAGACUACUGUGUGACGAGUAUAACUGGAACUGCGCUUAUUUUUCCAUGGACUCAAAAUCCAGCAUUCAGCUUUAGUGAUUAGCAAGACCUCCAGAAUACCGAGUUGUGUUCUGGCCUUUUGUAUUACAUAACAAGAGGGCAUGGUGAGUUACAGAGGCUUUACGGCUAACCCUCCGAGGUGUGCGCAACAUAUUAUCUCAGCAUAUAAUAUCUGGGCAAUAUUUGCCUAUAAUAACAUGAACAUAGUUUCCAGCUAUGCUGACCAUGUCAGACAUCCUGUUUUAACCUUUUUUUUUUUUUUUAACUGAGGGAAGUGCAGUUUUUUUUUUCCUAUUAAAAAAAAAUUAUAUAUAUAAAGGGCUCAAGAUGAAGAGAUCUAUCUAGCUCUAGUGUGACUUGCAAACAAAUCUCAACAGAACGAGACUCCUUCGUCCAGGUGAAAUGUCUUCCAAAACACUUUAACUUCAGGCCUUACUUGUGUUUUCUCCAGAGGCUUUAGACAGGCCUAAUGCGUCCAAAUGCUAGUUUUUCUUAUUACUUGAAAGCUGUCACCCUGCUGCCUCCUGUCUGGCUACAGCACCAGUUCCAGGACCAUCAUCCUCCUGAGCGUCUCUCCUAGUUGGAUAUCAGGUCAAUCAUAUGAUCACAUGUGGAGUUGGGUAUUUUUGUAAAAAGAAUUUUUUCUUCUUCCUCAAAUGUAUAAACCUCAGACUCAAAGCGAACCUCAAAGAGCAGCAAACCGAACUGGCAGAGUAAUUACAGCCAACUCCUCGUCUGUUCUCCAAACUAGUCCCCGCUGACUGGACGACUCCCGUUUACCCCGGUCGACCUCUGGUGUUUAACAGGAAACAAAAAGAAAAACACAUUAGAAUUGGUGGUGUGAGCGCUAUGAAACAGAGUAUUACUAAGCGAGCAUCACUCUGACAGGUGAUGAGAUACCAGCCGGUUUUAGAUGGCGUCUUUCCUCACCAUAGUGGCCACUGGCACAAGACGACUAGUGUUGGAUGAACUUGAAAAAAAAAAAAAAAAUGAAAAAUGCAAUCUCUAACUCAGUCUGCGUAUUGUAUUCUGAGACUCUGUUUCUCCUAACGCCUUUUUCUGGGUUGCUAUGUGUGAGUGUGUUGCGUGUGUAUUCACGUGUGUGUGUGUGUGUGCGUGUGUGUUUUUUCCGGUUGAGAAUGCACACGGACUGUUUUAAAUGUAUUUAUUGUAGCCCAGUGUGGGUAAAGAAGUAAAAUAUGGAGAAGCCAUGUAUUAAUUAUGCUGCAGAGAGAAAUGUUUCAGAUUCAAUACUUCAGCAGCCCAGCUGAUCUGGGUCUUCUGUUUUUUUUUUUUUGUUUGUUUGUUUUUCCCUUAGCAAUAAUCACUAUUGAUCCAAAGGCUUUAUGUAGAUGUUUUUAUGUUUUAUGGACUCUGUGGUCUAUUUCGUUUCUUUCUUUUCGGCUGAUGUUAUUAUCACUAUUAUAUUAGUUUGAAUGAGAUAUGAGUUUGUUUUUCUCCUUUGAUAUAUAAAACUGUGAAAUUUAUUGUUUUCCUGUUCUGGGUAAUUAUUUAGGGUAGUUUUGCAUGUUAACCUUUUUAUGUUCUCUUAAAUGGGUAUUUUUUUUUCUGUCUCUUUCUUCACACACUGUCUUGCUCUCAGGGUUUUUACAUGAUGCUUAUUUGAAAUGUACCUUCCUGAGUUGCAAAUGUUCUCCCCGACUCUCGAUUUUGGAACAAGUUGAACUGUCAAUCACUACUUCUAGCACUUGACUGUGAAUUAAAACGAGUGGGAUGGAUAUACUGAAUCCAUGCACGCCCACAUUCCUCUUAUCAUUCUGCUUAUUUUCCAUGUUUUUGUUUCUUUUAUUUUUUCUUUUCCUGUUUUUUUAAUGGUUCCUUCAUGUCCUAUCUCCUUAUCAUAUGGCAAAAACUAGAAAUUGUACAGUCUUGCCAACAGGCUCUGGUUAAUACUAAAGGGAGCUUCGCAUCGCUGCUACACACAAAAAGUAAUUCUACUGGACUUGAACGGAACCAGAAUCAUCGAUAGUAUUUUGGUACACUACUCCUGCUCUUCACACGAGUGCUUUGAAAUCAGAAAUUUAAGCUGUUCUGUAUCAAACCUUUAAAGCAAUAAAAUUUUAUUAAU